AAAAAAACUUGUGCGGGAAGUUGGAACUCUGUUUCCCCCUCAAGCAACAAACAGGCUUUCCUUUGGAUUUCAUUUCCCGGCAUCUUGAACGCCUGCUGGAUCGAUCUCCGUGGUGGUGUUAGGUCAGAGAGUAUCGAAACAUUUCGCCUCUCUCCGGAUCAUUAUGGAUCAUAACGCUGAUAUCAGCGCCCCUCAUUCGAUGGGAACCACAAUUAUCGGCGUCACUUACAAUGGCGGUGUCGUUCUCGGAGCUGACUCUCGAACCAGCACCGGAGUAUAUGUUGCAAACCGGGCAUCAGACAAAAUUACGCAGUUGACGGAUAAUGUCUAUGUUUGUCGCUCUGGAUCGGCUGCUGAUUCUCAGAUUGUAUCUGAUUAUGUGCGCUACUUCCUUCACCAACACACUAUACAGCUGGGACAACCUGCAACGGUCAAAGUUGCUGCAAACCUUGUCAGACUUCUCUCCUAUAACAACAAGAAUUUCUUAGAGACUGGUUUAAUUAUUGGUGGCUGGGACAAAUAUGAAGGUGGUCAAAUCUAUGGUGUUCCUCUUGGUGGAACUAUAGUUCAACAACCUUUCGCAAUUGGAGGAUCUGGCUCCAGUUAUUUGUAUGGAUUCUUUGACCAAGCGUGGAAAGAGGGAAUGGCCAAAGAUGAAGCUGAGAACUUAGUUAAAAAGGCGGUUUCACUUGCCAUUGCACGUGAUGGUGCUAGUGGGGGUGUUGUCCGAACAGUUACUAUAAAUUCGGAGGGAGUCACUAGGAAGUUUUAUCCUGGGGACCAGCUUCCUCUGUGGCAUGAGGAGCUGGAGCCGCAAAACUCACUGCUGGACAUCCUCAGCUCCCCCGAGCCGAUGAAUAUCUGAGGAACUCGCUGCUCUCUGAUGCGAUGUCUUUUAUGAUUUAAGCUUAUCUGGCUACAUUAUAUAGACGAAGCUCAUUCUGUCCAGCGCAUUUAUUAUUGUGAUUUUCGUGGUCAAUUUAACGCACGGCAAGUUUGAUUGUUUGUUAUUUGACACCUGAUUCGUCUGUCGUUAGGUUGAAAUGGUCAAAAAUUCCAUGACAGCAACACUGGUUUUGGCCAUGAGACCACGCGAAACAAAUGCCGUGAAAUGCAAGUUGUGAGCAUCUGUUUCCCCUUUAAUGGUAAGUAAGAUUGAAUAAAGUAAAAUACUUGCAUUAAAAACAA